AUGGAAGCUCUUGAAUUUUAGAGUUCUGCAAAGGAUUCAAUAUUAAAAUUAAAAAUUUACCGCUUGCUUGUAGGAUUUUUUGUAGGGAUUUCAUUAAGUUGUUCCCAUUAAAUUCUAAACUGGCUACUAUCUCUAAUUUCUUCAAAUAGCGAAGGAAACUCUAUUUAAAAUUUAGUUUAUUAUCUGCUUGAAGCUUUCUUCUUUGUUUCAGCUGCUCCGCUUGCAAUUAUGAGUGAUAAUGUCCUUAUUAUUUCUGCAUGCCUUCUUGUUUAAUUGAUGUUUUACAUAAUUGUCAUUGCAGCUUUAUAAUUCUUCGCAUCAAAUAUCUUCUUGCAAUAUUUCAUUACUAUAUUUUUUGCCUUAAGUAGGUCUAUUCUCUUUGGUAGACUUCUAGUUAUGAUGAAAAAUUGGUAUAGUAAUAAAAAGCUAGUACUUUGUGUUGGUUUAACCUACUUCUUAAAUGAAUUUUUCAGUAUACUAACAGUUUAUUGGGACCAAGGAAUUGCAAAUUAAGAAAUAAAUGAUGUUAAAGACAGAAUUAUGUUUAUUUGUUUACUACUUAGUACAAUAUUAGGUUUAAUUAUCCAGGGUAAACCUAGUAUUAUGGGGUUAAGUAUUGUUAAUGAAGAUGAUGAAGGCUAGUAAGAUCAGAGUGAAGCUAAUUAAGAAUAGAAAAAGGAAAAACAUUAGAAUUAAUAAGGAGGAAUUAUUUAAAAUGUUUGGGGACUGAACUAAUCAUUUGUUAAAAAAGUUUAUGAAGAUGAUAACGAUGCUCCAAAAAUAAAUUUUUUUAAAUAGCUACCAUAACUAAAACAUCUGCUUUUCUUUUUUAUAUCUUCCAUUUGCUUAAAAUUAUUUGAUUGGUACACAAGAAAUUAAUUGUUAGGAUCACUUUAGCCAUUUAUUGAUCAAUAAGAUUUCAGUAAAUAUAUCUUUUAUUUAGGAAUGUUCGGAUUGGGAGGUAUAGGUGGGAUAGUUGCUCUUGGAAUAAUACUUGAUGUCCGUAACCAAGAAUUUACACUAAGAAUGGCUAUUUGCAGUGCUAUAGGAUUAUCAAUUUCCUAUAUUUCUUCAUUGCUUUACUAUUAUGGUAUAAUUCCUUAAUUAGCUUAUGAAAUACUUGUUGGAGCCUUUGAAUUUAGCUUUUACUGCACCUAUUAGGUUGGAGUACCUAUUGUUUUGGUUUUUGAUCUAUUGAGAUAUGGUGAUUUUUCAUAUUUAAUUAUUCCUAUAUUCUCUGCUUUAGAUAGGAUAGUAAAUGCACUGUUUAAUAUAUUUAAUAAAGAACCAUAAAAUUGGACGGAUUCAAGCACUGUGGUAUAACCAUUGUGCAUAUCUUUGAUGUUUUUAAGCUUGAUGAUUUAAUAUCUAAAGGAUAGACAGCGCUCCUCUAAAAAUUUUUAGGAAUAACUUGAUGAGGACGAUGAAGAUGAAGUUUAAGGAAAAAAUACCAACAAUUUACUUUCAGAAAUAUUAGAAGAUAGAAAAGGUGAUGGUGAUUAAUCCAAUCUCAAUCGAAGCACUUCUAAGAAUCUUACAAAAAACAAUUUUAAAAUCUAAAUAUCCAGUGACGAUGCUUUGAGCUAAGAUAUUCACGAGCACUAAUUUAAGAAUAGUUUGGAACAAGAUACUAAAUUUGUGAUUGAAAAAAGAAAUGUUUCGUUGAAGGAUAAUAUUUCUUCUGAUUUUGAAUGA